AUGAUUCACAUUCCGCCGCCGCCGGCACCGCAUUGUGCGCCGCCCCUGCCGGCGAAUUCAGCAGAAUCGUUUCGCUCAGCGGCUGCUGCAGCCCCCAGUGGGGGUGCUGGCGCCGCACCAGCGGCUGACGCUGCUGGCCCUCCCGCGGCCACUGCCACUGGCAGUGCCGCUGGUUGGAUGGUGAAGUUUGAGCCGCAGUCAGACGCCAACGGGAAGACCAUUGAGGACGCGGCGCCGCAAUGUCACGCCGCCGCGGCAUUGCAGCAGCAGCAGACACCUCAAGCAGAUGCAUUUAAAUGGAAGAAGACGUCGCACAAGCGAAUAGCGGGUCAGCCUGUGAAGAGGCUCUACUUUGUUUGCUCAUCCAAAUAUGUCACGGGCUGCCCGGCAAAAAAAGUUGAGGAUCGAGUGGCCGGCGAGGCUCGUCACCCGUGCCGCCCAAAGCUGAAAGGCGCCGUCGCAAAAGCUGCAGCCAUUUCAAAAGCUGCAGCCACUGCGAGAGCUCCUGCUACAGCCAGUGCCACAUUAUCUACAGUUCUUAGCAAUCCCACGGCUACAGCCAAAGUAGCUGUGGCUGUUGCAGGACGGGCAGAAGAAGACGACACAGGGUCGGACAAGACGGAGAUGCGUGUGGUGGUGCGGGUGGCAUAUUUUGGCGCACACAACCACCCGCCGCCGCCCGCUCCAGUAGCUCCCAAGGCUCAUGCCGUCACCUGCCUUCCCAUGUCAGCGUCCCUCUCUGCUGAUACAGCCUUUCCUUCUGCUACAGCCUUAGCCUCUGCUACAGCAUUAGUGCCUACGACCCCUUUUGCCCCUGCAACAACCUUCACCUCUGCUACAACCUUUCCUUCUGCUACAGCCUUUGCCUCCACUACAGCCUCUGCCCUGGAUACAACCUUUACGACUCCUACAACCCUUUCUUCUGCUACAACCUUUUCUUCUGCUACAACCUUUUCUUCUGCUACAACCUUUUCUUCUGCUACAACCUUUUCUUCUGCUACAACCUUUUCUUCUGCUACAACCUUAUCUGCUGCUGCAGCUUUCUCCUCUGAUACAGCCUGCACUCUCAGUACAAGCACCCUCCCUGCAACGACCGGCCUGUCAGGUACCCCCAACGCAGCAGCAGAGCAGACAGCCCUCAGAUCAGCCCACACUCCUUCUCUGCCCUCCCUCUCCACACACCUCCCGUCAUCAACCCAUAAUCCUUUCUCGCCUUCCCUCUCGACGCUUGGACAGUCAAUCCCUGCAAACACUUACGCCAACGCAGCCGCAGAGCAGACAUCCCGCAGAUCAACCCAUACUCCUCCUCCCUCCCUCACUGCACCACAACUUCCCACAACUCAUCAUCCUUACUUGCCUUCCCCUUCGGCACAUGCUCAAGCAUCUUCCGCAGGUCUUUUUUCGGCCAAUGCUGUAAGCUUCCCGUUCAGCCGCCCCCCACAGGCACUGUUAAGCCAGGUGGUGCAAUCGCAUGAAGCUCCCGCUGCUACAUCAGAUGCGUUUGUCCCUGGGUCUCUUGCUCCUCCUGCUGCUAGGCCUCUUGCUCCUCCUGCUGCUAGGCCUCUUGCUUCUCCUGCCACAAGGCCUCUUGCUCCUUCUGUGAGGUCUCUUGCUCCUGCUACAGUUCCCGCUCCUGCGCAAAUGUAUCCUGCUCCUGCUAUGCUGCUUCCUGUUUCUGCUACAGUUUCUUCUCCUGCUAUAACGCCCUCUGCUUCUACCACAGUGCCUCCUGUUCCUGCUACGGUUCCCGCUUCUGCUAUAGUGUCACCUGCUCCUACUACAGCUGCCUUCCAUACCCUACAUGCUUCUCUUUACCACACUCCUUUUACGUCAGGCUCGCUCAGCAGCAGUCAAGCCUCCUUCCCCUCGCUCCAUCACCCCCCUCCUCUCCCUCCUCUCCCCACACGUUUCUCCACCACUCGUCCACCUUUUCUUCCUCCUCUCCCGCCUUUGCAUUCGUCAGGCAUCACCAGCAACAACAUCAGGUGUGCUGGAAGCACAGCAGAAGCAGCAGCAGCAGCAGCAAGCGGUUCAGCCCCAGCUAUUCCAGCAUCCCUUUCAGCAACAACAGCAGCAGCAUCCACACCAGCAGCAAUACCAGCAGCAAGAACCGCAGCAGCAACAACAGCAGCAACAGCCGCAGCAGCAACAACAGCAGCAACAGCCGCAGCAGCAUCAACAGCAACAACAGCCGCAGCAGCAUCAACAGCAGCAACAGCCGCAGCAGCAUCAACAGCAGCAACAGCCGCAGCAGCAUCAACAGCAGCAACAGCCGCAGCAGCAUCAACAGCAGCAACAGCCGCAGCAGCAUCAACAGCAGCAGCACCUACACCAGCAAGAACAACAGCAGCAGCAGCCACACCAGCAGCACAAACAGCAGCAGCAACAAAAGCAGCACCAACAGGAACAGCAACAGCAGCACCAACAGCAGCAACAACAAUUGCAGCAACAGCAGCAACAACCGCAACAGCAACAACAGCAGCACCAACAGGAGCAGCAACAGCAGCAACAGCAGCAGCAGCAGCAGCAGCAGCAGCAGCAGCAGCAGCAGCAGCAGCAGCAGCAGCAGCAGCAGCAGCAGCAGCAGCAGCAGCAGCAGCAGCAGCAGCAGCAGCAGCAGCAGCAGCAGCAGCAGCAGCAGCAGCAGCAGCAGCAGCAGCAGCAGCAGCAGCAGCAGCAGCAGCAGCAGCAGCAGCAGCAGCAGCAGCAGCAGCAGCAGCAGCAGCAGCAGCAGCAGCAGCAGCAGCAGCAGCAGCAACAGCAGCAACAACUGCAACAGCAACAACAGCAACAACAGCAGCACCAACAGGAGCAGCAACAGCAGCGGCACCGACAGCAACAACAACAACAGCAGCAGCAACAACAACAGCAGCACCAACCGGAACAGCAACAACAGCAGCACCAACAGGAGCAGCACCAGCAGCAGCACCAACAGCAGCUAAAACAACAGCAGCAGCAGCAACAGCAGCACCACCAACAGCCGCAGCACCACCAACAGCAGCAGCACCAGCAGCACCACCACCAACAGCAGCAGCAGCAGCAGCAGCAGCAGCAGCAGCAGCAACACCAACAACAACAGCAGCAGCAACAACAACAGCAGCAGCAGCAACAACAGCAACAGCAGCAGCAGCAGCACCAACAGCGGCAUCACCAACAGCAGCAGCAACACCAUAA